AAUCUUUUUACAAGACGUCAUCUGGACGCUAAUAAUUUGCCAAGCGAACGCCAUCAUUUUUCAAAACGAGCGAGCUAUAUUCAACUCUUGCCACACGCCCCACACCUUCAUCUUUGAGAUCUCUACUUGAUCCCAUAUCGCCAGCUCAUAACCAAAAGGAACCAUGAACACUCAACCUCAAGUCGGAGGCGCGGGUCCAGCGCCCACUCAAAGCACAGCUGGAACAGCCCCUGGAGGAGGACAACAGGAUGCUCUAGAUAAAGGGAUCGACUCGAUUCUCAAUAAGUCAGGUCAUGGACAGAGUAGGCAGACGACGGAAAAGAUCUCGGACGGCGUGAGAAGCUUGUUUAAAAAGGCGACUGGCAAAGAUAUACCGAUCAAGGAUAAGCAGUAGGGGGCGAGAUCUUGACAAUGUUGUCUGACCGAAUGGGAUCACUGUUCAAGUACUGAAGCUAGAAUCCCUUGAACGCAAUGCAAUUGUGAUUUUGUGGCUGA